CGCCGGCGGCCCGGGAGGCCCCGCAAGUUCCCCCGCCUGGAAGGGCCCCCCCGGACGGAGGGCGCUGAAGCGGAGCCGGCUGUCUCCUCGCCGUGUGUCCCGCAGGGGGAGCCGCAGAGCUCCGAGCCAGCCAGCUCCUCGGCCUCCGUCCCUGAUGGCACCGCUCGCCUGGCAGAAACGGCGGUGAACCAGUCGGACUCAGAGAACAGGGACCCGUCCUCCCACAGCCAGCCUGAAGCGCCUCCCCGCCGACGAGGCCGGCCCUCCCACCGGUUCCUGGGCAAGAAAUACCGCAAGUACAUGGGGCGAAGAUACUGCUACAAGUCUGCCAAGCCCUUGAUGCGGCCCUACCUGUGUCGGAUCUGUGGCUCCCGCUUCCUGACCCACGAGGACCUGCGCUUCCACGUGAACUCCCACGAGGCCGGGGACCCCCAGCUCUUCCGCUGCCUACAGUGCAGCUACCGCUCCCGGCGUUGGUCCUCUCUGAAGGAGCACAUGUUCAACCACGUGGGCCGGAAGCCCUACCAGUGCGAGGAGUGUGACUACACCAGCGUGUACAAGAAGGACGUCAUCCGCCACUCUGCGGUGCACAACCGGGACAAGUGAGUGCCGAGGGGAGGGGGGGCUCCCUGGACCCCCUCGUGGCCC